AUGUUCCACCUCGCCAUGGAUUUUUCUUCUUGUGAGACGACAGUUCAGGGUCAGAGACUGGCUUCUCCUCCCUCCGGCCCCCCGGCCCCCGGCCAGAGUGUGCGGCCCCCGAGGCUGGGCUUGCUGAGGAGGGUGAGGAGGCGGAGCGAGGGGCCGAGGGUGGGUAACACAGUGACGCAGACGCCCACCUGCACUGUGAACGACGGCGAGGGACGGGUCACCGUGAUGUCCUGCGCCAUCGACUGGGGUCCAACCCGCCCGGAUUACUCCAGCGAGUCCAGUAUCCUCCCUGGGGAGCACAGCCCCCGGCCCUCCACCACCACCGUGGCUCUGCUCACCUCGACCAGGACAGCCCCCCGAUCAACCACCACCACACGAGCCACGGCCACCGCUAUGCAAACCACAACAGGAGCCCCCCGGACCACCAGGUUAAUGGGACUGCAGCCAGGGUCUAUCAGUACAGCGAAGCCCAGGGACACCAUUACCCCCAGGUCACACAGGGAGCCAGGAGAGGCAGCAGGUUUGGCCGUUCACCAGAUCAUAACCAUUACCGUGUCCCUCAUCAUGGUGGUCGCUGCCUUGAUAACAACCCUGGUGUUAAAAAACUGCCUAGAGCACAGUUGUGCACAAAACGGGAACCGGCGGCGAAAUAACCAUCAGAGGAAGAUCAACCACCAGGAGGAGAGCUGCCAGAACCUGACGGAUUUCACCGCGACCCGAGUGCCCAGUAACAUGGACAUAUUCACGGCCUACAACGAGACUCUGCAGUGUUCUCACGAGUGCGUGCGAGCUUCCAUGCCUGUCUACGCGGACCAAGGGCUGCACCAGACUGUGUACAAAACCACUUUCAACGGAAAUCGGAUUCCGCUGGUGAACCUCUGAAAGGGAUCGGGUGCCCGGCUUUCUCCAGCGGACACGAGAGGCUGAGAUUGAUUGAGCAAAGCUGCGUUUAUUUUUCUAAGUGCGAAAAAAAAAGCCGGCAGAUCUCGUUAUUUUGAUGAAGAAAGAGUGAGAAAGGAAGCUAUUGUGCGGAGGACGGAAAAAGGGGAUUGGGAUGAGGGUGGGGCUGGGGGUCGGGUGGGUUGGGGAGGGGGGGGGCAAGUUCCAUAACAGGAGAUUCUGAGACACAAAGAGAGAGAGAAAAUAUACAGAGCAGCCAAAUUUUUAACAAAGACUGAAAACUGUUCAAAGUGUCUAUAUAAUGGAGUCAAAUAAUGAAUUUGGAUCCAUUACCGUUAGUGCCAUAAGAUGCCAUGUACUUAGAGACUACAGGCUGGUAUGAUCCAAUCAGAGACUUUAUCUCUUUGAGAAGAAUUUGAUAUAUUUUGACCGGGAGAAACGCUAUCCUUAAUUUCUUUUACGUGGGACACGUUCCCGAGGUGAUUCCCAACACGUUUGUCGGGAAGAGAU